AUGAUCAAAUUUGAAAAAGAUGACAUAAAUGACGAUUUAUCUGAUAAGGCAAUUGAAGCAUUGAAUACUGUUUUAUUUAAAAAAUUAUCAAUUGAAAUAGAAGAUAGUAGUCAUUUGCAUUUUCCAACAGAAAAUUGGCAAUUAAGUCAAUUCUGGUAUAAUGAGACAUCAUCAAGCAUAUUAGCAAAUGAAAUUAUAAAAAACACUGUUUGGGGAAAUAAAAUAGGAAUAAUAAGUGCCCCUUCAGUUUACAAUAGUCUAUUAAAGAAAAUCAAAAUAUUUAAUUUAUAUAGGAUAUGUUACCUUUUUGAGUAUGAUAAAAGAUUUUCGUAUUUUCCUAAUUAUAUAUUUUAUGACUAUAAAGAGCCUUUAAAAAUUUCCAAAGAAUUUAAGGAUACUUUUGAUUUUAUCUUAGUAGACCCUCCAUUUCUUUCUGAAGAAUGUCUGUCUAAUAUAUCACAAACACUUGCAUACUUAACAUCCCAAAAAAUUAUACUUUGUACAGGGGAAAUUAUGCAACAUUUAGCAUUUAUAUAUGCAUCAGUUUUGCCCACAAAUUUUUGUCCAGAACAUGAAAAUAAUUUAGCAAAUAAAUUUUUGUGUUAUUCUAACUAUAAUGCAAAAAUUAAAUUAUGAUUAAAUCUAAUGAUUACAUUAAACUAUAUAUUCAUUGAUGUUAUUAAAAGCAAAUAUAAAAAAAUAUAUUAUGCAAUUAUCUCAAAAUUAUUUAGAUUCAUUUAAUAUUGUUUACAAAUGCUUUUAUUUUAAAUUCUAUCAAAUGUGAGCAGGGAGUUGUGAAGAGGCUAUCAUCAUUAGAAUAGAGGGCUGGGUUACCUGAAUAUUUUAAUAUAUAAAAGUUAUCUGUUCAAACUAAACCCAGAGCUCUUAAACCAUGAAUUUUAACCAAAACUCCUAUAUCUUGUGAACCUGACCAGUUUUCGAAAAUUUCAGAUUCGUUUGGAUUAGUAUUAAAAUGCUCAAUUUGAGCUCAUUUUUGAAAAACUAACUAUUUUAUCCAUAAAAAAUGUUAUGUAAGCCUAAACUGGACAAAGAAAAUAUAAUCAAAAAUUUAUGCCCAAUAAUGGAGCCAUGACACUAAGGAUUCCAGUAUAAUGAUACUUAAUUAUGGAUAAUGGAAUAUGGUGAUAUUAAACUAUGUGCAUAGGACACUCAAAGAACUUUAUUAAGGAGAAAGAAUAUUACAAUUGAAUUCAAAUGAUAUUUAAAA